AUCUGUAAAAUGUGAGUUAGCAAAGUGCCUGAACCGAGAAAAUUGCUGUAAAGUAGCCCUGGAGGAGAAAGAAGCAGAGAUACGGAAGUUAAAAGGCGAGAGAGCUAAAGAAACACAAAAAGAAGUGGAGAACUUGAAGUCGAAGUUAGAGAUGCUGCAAAACCGCAACCGUUUCCUGAACGAUGAAAUACAGAAGCUUUCCAGAAUGCUUCAGCAAGAGCAAUUUAAGAAUCACAGUAAGCAACUGAACUUACAUGAAAUGUCCGCCGAAGUAGAUCAGUUGAAACGAGAUUAUGUGUUCCUCUUACAGUCUUGCAUACGCAUUACAUGCACCGAUGGUCCAGAAAUGAUGGAGUUAUACAUGUACGGAGAGAAACGGCAUAAACAACGGGUUUUUACUCUGUUAGAAGAAGCUCGAAAAGUAGAUCCAUCUUUGCCUAACUUGGAAGGGAUGACGACUUCUUUGUGCCAUGUGGAUUCAUUAGGUUUCAAGCACCUAUUCGUGGACAAAAGUCUCAUUCUUCACUACGUGUGUCGACAGCUUCAUCGGCAUUACUCAACUCAGCUUCGUUCCCAUGAGAGACAUCUCGCGGCCUGGAGACGUUACCUGAAAAAGCAUCCGGAUCUUGCUAAAUCCACGCCAGAACUAAAAUCUCUGGUUCGAAGAGGAGUGCCUGAACAACUGAGAAGUCGUGUUUGGAGCUCCCUGUACAGGAUGAAAGUUAGAGACAUACGUGAAACUAAAGGACCAAAGUACUUUGAAAAUCUCUGCACUAAAGCAGCAGAAGCAGAGCUGCCUGAAAACCACAAGAGACAAAUUUCUCUGGAUCUUCUUCGUACAAUGCCAAAUAAUGUAAACUUUUGUGACAGAAAUUCAGAAGGGAUCCAGAAAAUGCAGUCUGUUCUGCAUGCUUUCUGCCUCCAUAAUCCAAAGCUGGGCUACUGUCAAGGCAUGAAUUUCCUUGUGGGGAUGAUGUUACUGUUUGUUGACGCAGAGGACGCCUUCUGGUGUUUGGUUGCUAUAGUAGAAAGGUACUUCAAUUCAAGUUACUUUGACCACAAUUUAAUCGGUGCUCAGGCUGAUCAGGAGUUGCUGAAAGAACUGCUCAAGAGCAAGCUUCCCAAAAUAUCAGCACAUCUAGCUGCAUUAGAUAUUGAACUCAGCACCGUCACUCUCAACUGGUUUCUCUCUAUCUUUAUUGAUUCAGUUCCCAUCGAGACACUACUUAGAAUCUGGGACUGCUUUCUGCUGGAAGGCCCAAAAGUACUUUUCCGCUUUGCCCUUGGAGUUUUGUUCCUUCAAGAAGAAGCCAUACUUGCAAAACACGAUACGGUAUCUAUCAUGCGACAGCUAAAAGCAGCUGGCAAGCUGUGUUUUGACGUGGACGGAUUGAUAUCGGCUGCUUUCGAAGAACUGGAACCUUUCCCCAAACGUGAAGAACUCUGGACUCGACGAGCGGAUUUCUAUAACGUUCUUCUGGAGAAAGCCAAGAAAAAAGAAAGAGAGCUAAAUGCUUUGAGAGAAAGAGAACGCAUGAUGGCCCAAGUAGAACUGGAAGGUCCUCAUAAUCAUCUUAUUGAGUGUGCAGCAGUUUGGGGCAAAGAUAAGGUAUGGGUAUGUCAUGGUCAUCAUCAUGGUUCCAGAGUUUCCAUGAUCCACUGCCACGAGAACAUCAUGUACCGGCUUCAUAUAGAGUUCGAGUCACGUGUCAUGUGCAUGCACGCGCCGAAUGAUGACACUAUGCUUUUCGGAACAUAUUCAAAAUUUGUCCAUGCUUACCACACUAUAUCAAG